AUGACCAUUCCAACAUCAACGCAAGCGUUGACUAAACAACUACGUUCGAAAGAAAUAACUACUGGCGAAAUAUGUGAAAUAUACUCUACAUUGAAUCGCGAGGAUUAUUACUUUCCAAAUAAAGAGAUCUUUGCAAUCGAGCUCAUACAUGAUAGAUGGAAUGACCAAAAACUGAUAUCUUUCAAGACUGACUAUAGAAUAUGGGCUUUGUACAACGAAAUGUGGUCAAAACUACAUGAUGAAGACUUAAUUUUGAAGAAGCUUUUUAAGCAAUUGAAAUUCGUCCCUCAUCUCCUCAAGACCUUAGAAACCUUGGAGAAUAACAUGCUAGAGUUUGCGGUCGAGUUGAGGAAAACUUGUGAAAUGAUAAAUUCUAUCAUUUCAAUGAAUGUUUCUACGGAGAAUGCAAAUAUAAUAAUGGGUAGGACUCUACAAUUCCUAAUAAAAAUGGGUGAUAAGGAGAAUAUGUGUGGCAUGAUUUGUGAUCUUGUAGAGCAGUUGAAGAAUUUGACUGGAAUAAAGAAUAUUCCCGAAAUCAACUCCAAAAUAGCCAAUGUCUAUUGCAACGAGCUUUUAUUACCAACCAUUCAAUACAUUUCAGGCUUGGAUAAAAAAAUAGGUGAUAACUCAAUUGUCUCAUUCUUGAAAGUACAAUUAAGGCUUUAUCUCUUUAACAAUACUGUGGAUACGGCAAAAUUAUUGGAAAAAUUUAUCAAUAAUAAUAAAGCAGCAUUAGAGCCUAAGCUUCUAUUAGUAUUGUACACAACAUCUAUAUCCUUUCUUUCAAAGCAGAAUUUUACUGAACUAGAGAAAAUAUUCACGAUAAUUGUUGAUGUGCAACCAGACAUGACGAGAGAAUUACUCCUGCAAUUGGCUCUUUCAAAGAAGACAAUGUCAAACGAGUUUUUGAGUAGUAUUUUGAGUAAAACUUUGCAGAAAGCAUCUGAAGACAAUAGUUAUUAUACUAAUUUUUGGAGUUUAUUGUCACAUUUACUUGAUCUGGACAUUGAAAUCGGCAUCAAGAAUAUGGUUACACUAUUAGAUCUGCUUUAUGAGCAUAAAGAUCAUAGUAUGGACGAAAUCACAAAGAUUUGGAAGAAAAUAGUGAAUUGCCACAUAAAUGCAAGAGAAUUUCUUCAGUUUUUGGAAAAAUUAGAGAAAUAUUGUCAAGAAAAUGCAGUCAAAUCUACGACUUUUCUAGCUAAUCCAGCUUUCACAGAAGUAAUUUCACAAAAUACGGUUUCAUUUUCGACUUCACAGCUGAAAGAUUUGAUUUCAGGCCAUUUGAAUCGUAUUGAAAAUAACCCGAGAAAUGAGACUACUUUCUUCAUUUUCCGUGCAAUUAUUAAAGGUCUGGAAAACCUGUCUUACACCGUUCUCGCCGAACUCAAAGAAUUGUUAUCAACAGUAUUCACAAUUGAUCAUACAAAGGAGUCUAAUAUCUGGGAGAUAAGGUAUCUUGUUAUGAAGAUAUUUGAUGACAUAAUUCCAGCUGAGCAGUUUAACUCCUGGCAUGUGGAAAAGGAAACAGAAAAUCUGAACUUAGGUUCUUCUAGGGAAAUGUAUUUUUAUUUCUUUAAGUUGCGAGAGUACAAAGAGUUUGACUUGGAUACUGUUGUCACCAAGUUCAUGAAUUACUUGAAUCAAAUUGCUUAUCAGCAAAGAGCUGAAUCUGUUCGAAUCCUUUUUGUAAAUUGGGCUACAUUAAUCAAUUUUAUUUUUCCAAGAGAUGACUUGACAGGACUAUUAGAUUUCCUUUUAUCGGAAGAAGACCAGAGCUUGUUGCACGCACUGUUAAAUGAUGAUAAUAUUUUUGAGGAAAGCAAUAUCAUCAGUAUGUUGGUCAGCAAAUUGUCAAAAUUGCAUUCUAGUGAAAAAAACCAGCGCUUAAUUCUGCGAAUCCCUAUACAAUGCAUCAACAAAACUAUAAGAGUUGGAGUGAUCAAUAGUAUUUGCUCUCACAAGUCUGUUACUUCUGAACUUGAAGUGAAGGUCUUAGAUCAUCUUUUGACGAAUCCAACAUUCAAGUCUGAUAUUGAAUGUGAUUUCAGCUGCUUGUAUAAUUUUGUUAACAAAAACUUGCAGAAUUUGAAAUACAAGGAUGUUGUAUUUCAAAGAGUUUGGAAAAACCAUGCAUUGCAAAUAAAAGAAAAAAAGAGCAAGCAGUUUUUGGAAACUGCUAUCAGAAGCUUGUCACAGGGAAUCGAAAAUGAAGAACUAUUCAAGACAAGCAUGCAAACUACAUAUUUGGCCAUCAUGACCGGUUCUAACAUUAGCGCUGCUUUAGGCGAACAUUUCAUCAAGAAUGCAAUCCACAAGCUCUUUAAUAUGGGCUCAGUAGAUUCUUCAGUUUCAUCAUGGUUGCUCAGGUGUCUGUAUUACAUUUUCAGCUUGAAUGACACAAUAAAGCCAACUACCAAUCAGGCGGCAAAGCUUUCGUCCAAAAUACUCGAACUGUACAAAGAAAAAAUUCACGAUACGGAUUACGACUUCCUUACUAGUCUUUUUCUGUUAUAUUCGGUACUUUACAAUGACAAGCUGGAAAUUCUAUUUGCUCACUACCUCGUUUUGAGAGAAAUAGGCAUUCAAUCAAAUCUCAUUUCAAAAGCCAUGGAAGAAGCAUUAGAUAGGUACCUGCAGAGUGAUACUGAUAAAUUCAAUCGUGCGUUCGCAAACAUUAUAAGUUCAAUUUCCAGCUGCCCACCAGGCUUUACCGAAGGGAUAACAGAGCUAUAUCAAAUGCAUAUCAAGCGUAUCAAUAAAGAUAAUAAGAUUGGUGUUCAUUUAUUUGCGGCAUCAAUUUCUGAGUUUUACACGAAUUUCGCUAGAUAUCAAAACUCAAAAGAAAGUGUUCUAAAGCUAUUGGAUAGUUUGCAACAUCUUUUGAUCACUAAACCUUGGCUAUAUUCUCAACAUUCGAUAGAAAUAUUAUUCCCUAUGUGCUUAAGUAUCAAUUUGAUAUUCCUACAGUGUUCUAUUCCUUGUGAUGACGUUUUCUUAGGGACAAUUUCUGUGGUGUCCAACAUCGUAUUCGCACAUAGAAUUAAGAUGUCCAAUCGCCAUUUUCUGAUAAACGCACUCAUUUGCGAAUACUUGGAAAUUUUGUCGCAGUAUCAGGGGAAGCAGCUUACUUCUGUAUCUGCUAGGGGCUUGAGCAGAUUGAUAACAAGUGUUUGCGAACCGAAUGUAACAGGCAAUCAAACAUUCAAGACAAAUGACCUAAACUCAAAAAUAGGCGUCAUGAAAAAAAAUCUCAGAAAAUAUGUUCCAGUAAUUUUGAUCAAAUACGUUCAUAUAUCGUCGAGCACUCCCUUCAGGACAUCAAUAAGAAAAGAGCUCGUUCCUGCUAUUUUUUCUAUUUUUAAUUUGAUGUCUCAAAGCGAGAUGAUUUUAUUGAAUGCGGCACUUGAUAAUGCUGGCGUUCAAUAUUUUAGAAGUUUGUACUCCGACUACAAGAAGAUUGGUAAAUGGAAUACUGAAUAA